UUGCUAAUUGCUAGAAAAGUUUAGUGUGCGAAUGUGACCUAACAUCAGCCAUCGUGUAAACACAGCUUAAUCAUCAAUUGUUUAGUCAACAAAAACUAGGCGCGGUUAAAUGUUGUGAAAAAAAAAUAAAAAACCACAUUUUGGAGCUAAAAAAUGGGCCCAAUUUUCGUACUAGGUUUCUUACUGAUCGCCCAAAGCGCGUACGCGCAAAGAUCGCCGACAAUCUCCUACAUCUCGCAGGAGCAGAUAAAAGACAUCGGCGGCACCGUCGAGCUGCACUGCUCCGUCCAAUACGCCCAGGAGUACCCCGUCCUGUGGAUGAAGGUCGACCACACCAGCAACUCCUACAUUCUCCCGAUCUCGACCGGCAGCUCCCUCAUCCUGCACGACUCCCGCUUCGCGCUCCGCUACGAUCAGGCGAGUUCGACCUACACCCUCCAGAUCAAGGACAUCCAGGAGACGGACGCCGGCUUCUACCAGUGCCAGGUGCUGAUCUCGGUGAGCAACAAGAUCGCCGCCGAGGUCGAGCUGCAGGUACGUCGUCCGCCCAUCAUUUCUGACAAUUCGACCAGGUCGAUCGUUGUCUCCGAAGGCGAAGCCGUUCAGCUCGAGUGCUACGCGGGCGGCUACCCGCCGCCGAGAAUCUCGUGGCGACGCGAGAACAACGCCAUUUUACCGACGGGCGGCUCGAUCUAUCGAGGCAACCGGUUGAAGAUCAAGCAGAUCCGCAAGGAAGAUCGCGGUACUUAUUAUUGCGUGGCUGAGAAUGGGGUCGGACGAGGGAAUAAACGGAACAUUGCCGUCGAGGUCGAGUUCAAGCCGGUCGUCACCGUACCGAGACCGCGCUUGGGCCAAGCGCUUCAAUACGACAUGGACCUCGAGUGCCACAUCGAGGCCUACCCGCCUCCCGCCAUAACGUGGCACAAGGACGGCAUUCAGCUCUCCAACAACCAACACUACAGCAUCUCGCACUUCGCGACCGCCGACGAGUUUACCGACACGACGAUACGCGUGAUCACGAUCGAGAAACGCCAGUACGGCAACUACAUGUGCAAGGCGGCGAACAAGCUCGGAUCCGAUGAGGACUACGUCGAGCUGUUCGAAACCGUCAUUCCGGUAUGCCCACCCGCCUGCGGACAGACGCCCAGCGGAGAGACGGCGACGCCGACGACGAGUUCCAUCGUUCUACUCGCGACGAUGGUCAUGUAUAUCUUCAGAAAUUUCAACACCAAACAUUAAUUACUCAGGUUUAAGGUGGCUGAACGCGUCGACGCAAUUGUCAUGCUCCAUGACUCUGAUAGCUAUAUCACUCAAUUAUUUUAUACGUCCAUUUAUGACUUAGAUUUAAGCUUUACGAUGUAAAUAAAAAUAUUCUUUGUUGUAAUUUUGUAACUUUACGAUGCUAGGUUUAUUGUGCAUUCCUCGAUUAAUGUUUUACGGAUAUUUUUGUAAAUUUUUUUAUUGUAUACAUGUCUGCUUUUUUAGGGCUCUUAAAGUACAAUUUAGGAAUAGAAACUUCAAAGGCAUGCAGCGAUUUUUGAAAUAUUUUACACACUUUUGUAAUAAAGCUUAAAAAACACCCUGUGUUUAACCGCAUCAAGAAUGAACCUCGACCAACAAGACGGACAUAAAACCAGGAGACCGAUCAUCUCUUUCAGAAAUCUGGCUGUGUAAUAGUAAAAUAUUUUACUUUC